AUGGCUCCCUUGUCGGAUCGCAUCUAUUUUCCUUCCCUGGAAGAGUGCCUUUCCGGGAAGAAGGUGCUUCUGUCAUGGAAGCUUGUCGCAACCGCACUUUCUGACAACUCCGGUCGUCUACAACGCAGCAACGCGUUAUCUGAAUUCUUCUCCGACGAAUAUGUGCACGGACUGCUGAAGAACCCCAUCUCUGCCUUUUCACCCCCGGACGACGCCUCGAGCAAAGAUUUCGAGACCAAGACCGCGCCGAUCAAUGUGACCUCUGCCUCGACUCAGAAGCUCGAUAUCAAACUCUUGAAAGACGACGCACAGUGGCUGAGCAAAAACGCCAAAACCAAUCUCGUCGCAGCGCUGCGCGUUGUGAUCGCUGAGCAUCAGUCUCGACCAGCGCGCCAUCUCGUUGGGCCACUUUCAGCGCAGGAUGCCACCAAUCUCCACGAGGCCGCUGGUCUCAAGGAUGGCCAGAGUGCACCAUUCUUAUCAGACUUGAGCUCGGUCGCAGUCUUGGAUGCCGAAGAAAUAUCUGCCGAAUUCGAGAAGCAGGAAGCUCGCCGCACGCGCCUCUUCGAAACCCUGCUCAGCGAACGCCGACACUACAUGAUGGCCAUCGAUUACGUCAACUCUGUCAAGCUGUACGGACAACUUCCUAUUUAUGCGUCGAAUAAUGAGGACAUCAAGGCAUCAUUCAACUUUGGCGCGCAACCGAACAAGGAGCAAAUCGAGGCACUGCUUCCCGCAUACUUCAAGGUGCUCACAGACUGCACAGGACGGAUAGAAUCUGGCCUGCUUGCGACUACCGACGAUGCAUUGCUUUCCAACGACAAGACCGAAAUUGAAUGGCUGCGAACCCUGUUCACCGAGAUUGUUCAUGCCCUCUCAGUCAUUUUCCAGCUUGUCGAUAGUCUAGGGGAUGAAUUUGCUCCGCCCAGUUCUGUGACGCAGUGGUUCUCGCUAAUGGAAAUGUACAACUUUUUUGAAUCUGUGCAGCCAAUCCACGAAAGCAUCGCUGAGCUGAUAACACCGCUCAAAACGCUUGCCACCGCCGUCUCAAUCAUCAUGCUGAAGCCUAAACGCUCGCUCAGCUAUCUGAAUGAAAAGGACGAGGACUCUGGACAACCUGACGAUGUAUUUGAUUCAUAUUUGCUAUCAUCAGAGGUGCUCGAACAGAUUCACAAGUGUAUUCUCAACGCGGCGAGCUUGGACAUUGAAAGCGCAACGCCGGUCAUAUUUACGUGGGCCCUACUCCUACAUAGGCUCAAUGCCUCAUACCAUAGCCGAACUGAAAAGAGAGAUAAUCUCUUGCAGCAGAAUGCGCGGGAGAGAUUCGAAUCCGGACAAGUAGCGCGCCCAACUUUUGGUCGACGAAACUCAGCUGGCAGUUUAUUCUCGAUCGAGUCAACAAAGUUUGACAACUUUUUAGAAAAUGCCACCACCCCCCGUGAUGCCCAGUUCGUGGAGCAGCUGGCUACGGGCGUGACCACUGGUGGAAGAGUAUUCAAUACCAUGGGUGCCAUGGCAGAGGCGCUUGGACCGAGUAUAUCGGGCUGCGCGUCUCCUUUGCUGAGCUCGCAUAUCCGAAUCGUCUUCGCCGAGGUUCUCAAAGUUAGCUACGGUUAUAUUGGAUACCAGGCGGACAACCUUAGCUGCUUGUUUGGCUUGUUGUCACCUGGUCGAAGUUACUGGGAUUUGUCUUCGAUUCAAAGCCUUCGCACUUCUGGCGACACCCUAUCUUCCUUCAUAAACGACGAUCAGCUUAUGCACUGGUUCUUUCAGCAGGCUAUGGACCGUUACCCAUUUGAGUUUCUGCCUUUCAUUUCACUCUGCAAAUCUCUCUGCACUGUCACCGGUGAUGCAGAUGACCAGCGAUAUUCAGAUGUGCUGAACCUUCUGCGGAACACGUCCACCUUGACCUUGAAGCUACCGAAGGGCUUUCAAGGAUAUGAACUCGUUCACGAGGAUGAAAAUACCAAUUCUUUUUCUCUGACACAUGAGAUUCCGCUCAUCACACUCUCAUCCUCGUGGAAGAAGAGGCAGAUGGACGAUGACGCGUAUCGUCUGCCUCAGGGAACCCAAGGACGAUUCAUCACAGAUAGUGGACGACUGGCUCUUGUUGAGUUUCCACACUCGACGCUAUCGUUACUUGGUCGCCGCCUGGAAAUUUAUCUCAUGAAGGAGGGGUACCAGUGCUUGUUCGCAUCAUUGCAACCCGAUGAAAUUGCCGAAGUCGUCGAGCUCCUUGCUGCACUGAUUCGCAUGGAGCACCUAAAAAUGACUGGCAAUUGUGAUUCGUUAAUACGCAGAGACGAUGACAUUCUUUCUGAAACAAGCAAGCACAUCAGUGGUGGAAAGGAUAUUGUCACUGUUGUUUGUGACACCAUGGACUACUUCAUGCAAGAGGAGCUGGAGAUGACAGAAGAAUCCGCCAUCAACGUCAUUACAGCGUGCAUCAAGUUCUUGGAUGCUAUUCUACCCGCUCAACCAAGCAGAGUAUGGUCCUAUCUCGCUCGUAGUGAGCUACUGAGCUCCGAGUCAAGAGCCGGAAAACUGUCCAAGUUGACUGGGAGCCUUGACCUGGUUUCCGAGCGUCUCGAGUUCCUGAACUCUGCACUCUUAUUCUUUUCCAACGUUAUUGAUACUCCACUCGCAUCUGGUGUUCAACGGCAGGCUAAGAACAGAGCCCGUAGCCGGCAGCAAGAAGUUAACCCAUGGCUUGGCACUUCAGAUAAAGUGCUGUCGAAAGUCAGCCUGGCUGUGGCUAACGCCGCUGUCGAUAUCUUUGAGAAUACGUCCACUUGGCGAUUUGACACAGAGAUAAGCCGUGUUUCUUUACUCAACAGCGUCGUACCCCUACUUGACAAAAUCAUCCACCACAGCUACAGCAUGGGCAAGUCAAACGAGUCAGACAACCUCACAAGCUGCCUGAAACCAGCAGCAUCCUAUGUCAUUGACUGCUUUCUCUCACCCUCAAGUGGUACUCUAAGGUUCCAGCCACUGCUAUAUUCCUUCAUUUCCGCUCUACUUACACCAGAGUCCACUCUGUACCCUUCAAAACUCGACCUCGUCCGCACUGAAGUCGAAUCUGUUCUGACUUUUGCUUCCUCUCUUCUUCGCGCUGCCAACUACUUGGAACGACCAUCCGACAUGCUCGAGGGUUACCUCUUCAAAAGUUCGACAUUGCUGGCUCGUCUGAGCGCAGUCUCGGAUCUCUUCCGCACCCCUAUUUUGUCUCUUCUUCAGGCGCUAGUCUCAAAUGCAGGCAAUGGUUCCAAUGAACCUCCAUCGCUGCUGGGAUAUCUGGGGCCUCAGAUAUCCAAGUCAUUCAUCACCCUUCUCUCUGGCCUAGGCGAGCCAUACGCCCUACAAACAGAUGUGGAAAUAAUCUGGAGAUUUUUCUCCUCUAUUCUGCGAAACCGUCAGCAGUGGAUGUCUAACUGCCUGCUGACUGGUCAAACGCCCCGAGAAGCCAUGGCCAAAGACAGCAAGACAACUGAUAUCUCGGAUGACUCGGUCUUUGCAACUGCUUUGUCCAAGUUGAAGAGCAUUGAGAACUUGGAAGCUACAGAGGCUCUUUCAAUCUUGGAUUUCGUUGCAUCAGCCCAGAACUACUGGCCAUGGACCGUUUUCACAUUGCAAAAGGACACCUCAUAUAUGGACGGCUUGCGCUCAUAUGUGCGUACGCUGAAGCCCUCGCAUCUUGUUGUGAAGUCUGAUAGCAUUCGCGCUUGCCGUGAGGCCAGACUGGCUGCAUACAUUGCCGAGAUUUUUGCUAUGCAGCUUUACCAUUCGCGACAUUUGGGGAGUGCCGAGGGUUUGGCGAAAAGUCUUGUCAACGACUUGGAUUACUAUCUGCGCGAUGGCGUCGAGGUGGCUGGCUACAACAAGUCAUUGCACAACAAUUUUGCAAAGAACUUUGCAAACAAAUAUUUUGGCUGUUCAGUUGAUAACUUUAAGAGAACACCUCUUGAGCCAGGUCAUCUCGGUCCCGACUACUACUACGAUCUAGAGCAGGCAGACACAAUGCUGCGAUUUGACCCCGGAUGGCUCGGACGCAAGUCAAAUGGCUUCAAAAAUGAAAUGGAGCUCGCAAACACGAAUCUGUCACUGGUUGAUGCCCAAAUUGCCUUGUUCCACUCUUGGGAAUUCCUACUCGUUGAACUGAGUACCUGCCUCCCUGGCAACGAGACCAUCGGCAAACAAAUGCUGCAAGUUUCACAACAAUGUCUCAACGCUAACCAGAAUGUUCCUGGACCCGAGAGCAUCUUCUUGACUCUUGUGCAAGAGCGUGCCAACUUGGCUCUAGUGCUUGUGCAACGCUUAGCCAAGUCUAGACUACCAGUUCAGGACGUCAAUCAGAUGCUUGGCACAUUGGUGGGUACAAUGAGUGGUGUAGAUGAGCCAUUCGCCAGCAGCUCCAUCGGGUACUACCGAGUCCUUUUGAAGGCGCUGUUUGUCACCCUUCGCGCAUACCGUUUGGGCGCCGAGAAGAGCGGCCGAGGUGAGCAGGAGGCCUCUGAUGCACCUAUCAACUUCGGCGAAUCUUCUGUGUCGGUGACACAGACUGUCUUGAGCCUGCUGGAUAGUGUUGUUGGUCGUGGUUUCCGUGCACUCGUCAGCCUGAUCCACGAUGGCGAUGCUGAAGUCUUCCCCGAGGACUUGGGUUUGCUCACGGCAAUUAUGCAGGCUGCCUUGUCGCUGCCUACGAUUGACCAGUCUCAGACCCAAGUUCUCAAUAUUAUGGCCACCCAUGACGUCGUCAAUGCGGCGACAUCGCUGUAUUCCUGGGCAGACCAGUUGGCCAUUCAAGGCGACCCUGUCUAUGGCGAGCUAGCCAUUCUGUUCCUACUUCAGCUUUCCACACUGCCCCUCGUAGGAGAGCAGCUUGCCUGUGAUGGCAUCCUCAGCAACCUCUUGUCCGCCAAGAUCACCAAGAUUAUGCUCAAGACGAAUAUCUCGCCCACUUCGGACGCACCAAUAGCCCAACGCUGCUACGCAAUAUGGGUCAAGGGCCUGCUACCGCUCAUGCUCAACCUACUUACUUCACUAGGUGCAGCUGUAGCUCCCGAAAUCACCUAUGUGCUGAACCAAUUCUCGCAUUUGCUCAGCGCGAGCGUGGAUCGCUUCGAAGCACCCGGUGCUAAUCGAACGGGAACAAAAAAUACAAAUCACUACAUUACGUUGUUGGGCACGUCGGAAAUUCAUUCGCUGGCUCUAAUCACUCGCGUUCUCGCAGCGCUUCGCGCAGUCAACCCCCGCGACAUUGGACCCGUCCCAUGGGACGACAGUGGCCUGCUCGAGAACGUUGAUUACUGGCUGUCGAGCCGUCGAUUGCUCAAGGAGAAGCUGCUCCCGUUGGGCCAGCGUGAGAUGGAGUGGCGGACAAUGAAGGUUGGGGCUGGGGCAAGCGAGAAUAUCCUUGAAGCCAAGGUUGUUGCGCAGCUUAGUAUUGUCCGGGAUAUAUUGGCCGACGAAACGGAGUAG